CUCUCGUGCUCAAAAAGUCAAGUGCCCCCCCACGCGGCCACACUUCUUGCAAGAGCCACGAGCCUCGUCGUUGUUGGAGCUACAAGGUCCUCAUACUUCUGCUGACUCGUCUUCGGCUCCACCUUGCUCGUCGGCGCGUAAGGAUCAUAACCGAUCGCGCUCUGCGAGUCUGAAGCGCCGCGCUGCUGUGGACACGGUUGUUCCCCGUCAUGCGAACUCUUCCCGCGGUGGAGGUCUUAGUUUCUCUCGCGGAGAGCCGGGUAGGUUUUGGGAGGAUAAGAGAUGGAGCUUUUUUAUUUUCUGGUUACCAUUUGUUUGAGUUUGGCUUUCUCCGGGAGAUGCAGUGAUGACUAUAGCAGGAAUGAUUUCCCGGAGGGAUUCGUCUUCGGAUCCGCAGUUUCAGCUUUUCAGUGGGAAGGAGCUGUUGAUGAAGACGGACGGAUGCCUAGUGUAUUGGAUACAACCGUUCACUCUAGUAAUGGAUCUAGCGGAAUUAUAGCUUGUGAUGGGUAUCAUAAAUAUAAGGAGGACGUAAGGCUAAUGUAUGACAUGGGUUUAGAUGCAUUCCGACUCUCCAUCUCGUGGUCGCGGCUUAUACCAAGUGGAAGAGGUCCUGUGAAUCCAAAGGGUUUGCUUUUCUACAAAAAUCUCAUACAAGAGCUCAAAAGACAUGGAAUUGAACCGCAUGUUACAUUGUAUCACGAUGAUCUGCCUCAGGCUCUUGAAGAUGAAUAUGGAGGAUGGAAGGACAGAAAAAUCAUCAAGGACUUUACGGCCUAUGCUGACGUUUGCUUCAGAGAGUUUGGGAACACAGUGAAAUUCUGGUCAACAAUUAAUGAGCCCAAUAUGUUAGCAUUGGUAAACUAUGGUGUGGGAUUUCUCUCUCAAACUAAUUGUACUCCUCCUUUUGAGAUGGUCAACUGCACCAAAGGAAACACUUCAACUGAGCCAUAUAUUGUACUCCAUAACAUGUUGCUUGCACAUGCAUCGACCGCGAGAUUGUAUAAGCAAAAUUAUAAGCAUAAGCAAAAUGGAUCUGUAGGUAUAACCUUUUUUGCAUUCUGGAUGGUUCCUUUUACUACCUCUGAAGAGGACGAGAUUGCAACUCAGAGAGCCAAAGAUUUCUUAUUAGGCUGGGUUUUGCAUCCGUUGGUGUUUGGGGACUAUCCUAAUGUAAUGAGGAGAAUCGUGGGCAAGAGACUGCCAUGUUUUUCGGAAGAAGAAUCAUAUCUUGUUAAAGACUCAUCCGACUUCUUGGGAGUCAUACACUACACAACAACCUACACCACGGCAGACUUAUCCAGUCCCAGCCAAAGAGAUUUUCUUUCAGAUAUGGCUGCAUCAAUGAUCCCCAUUGGGAAUUCCACACUGUUCACUAUUGAUGUGCUUCCAUGGGGUCUUGAAGGAGUGUUGGAAUACAUAAAGCAAAACUAUGGCAAUCCUCCUGUCUACAUUCUUGAAAACGGUCGACCUACCAACCACCACUCACCGCUUAAUGAUGUGGAAAGAAUUGAAUACCUGCAUGCUUACAUCGCUGCCGUGCUUAAUUCAGUGAGGAAUGGGUCAGAGACAAAAGGCUAUUUCCAGUGGUCUUUCAUGGAUUUGUUCGAGUUUAUCAAUUCCAAUUAUACAUAUGGCUUAUACUAUGUGAAUUUCAGCGAUCCGGAACGUAAGAGAUCUCCUAAAACCUCUGCUCUUUGGUAUUCUUGUUUUCUCAAUGGCACCACCACUUGUUCACAAGACCUCAAGAACAUCUCCCUAUCUUCUUCUCCUGGUCUUUCAUCUUCUUAACUAUUAGCAUUUUCUCUUCUAUUUUAUGUAUUAUUAGGAUAGACCCGCCUUACGGACGAACGGAUGUAUAAAUAAUACUAUUGAUUUGAAAAAGUAUAUAUAAAUAUAGAUACAAUUUCCUAACA